AUCCCCAAAGAUGGAAGAGCCGUCAAGCCAAGCCAUACUUAAACCCUGCAAAGCUAAAGCUAAAGCCAAAGCCAGAGGAGCUACGUGAAGUGAAGUCAUCGGCAAUACAUCAAAGCACAUUGUUCUCUUGCAAGUAACCACAUGCCAAAGUGGUGGCAGAAGUAGCCGAUAAGCCAGCGAUCCUGGUCUGUGGCUACGAGGGCCGGCCCGGCUUUUGCCAAAGCCGGUACGUGUGUCGCCGAAAGAGACAAGUAUAGGCAGCCUGCCAGACCCUCUGCCAAGAGUCCCAAGCCUUUAAAAAGGGACACCCAUUUGCAUGCCCCCCUCUGGAGCUGCGUGCAAGUGACUCGAUCGAGAUUUACAGAGAAACGAGCCGUGCACGCUUGGAUCGAGCUAGCCUUGGCCCUUGGCAUCCGUUUCUCUUCAUCCUGCGAUUGCCGUCGUCGUUGCCCGGCCGCCGGUGAUGUCGAAGAGCAAGUCGUGGCUGGGCUGUGUGCCCAGGAGCACAGCAGCGCUGCCCGUGGAGAAGCACUUCGCGCUGCCGGCUCCGAUGCCGUCGUGGCCGUCUUCAGACGGAGGAUUCGCGAAGGGCAGCAUAGACCUCGGAGGCCUGGAGGCGCGCCAAGUCACGACGUUCACCAAGGUCUGGUCCACGGCGCAGGGCGGCCAAGACGGCCUGGGCGCCACCUUCCUGAAGCCAUCGCCAAUCCCCGCCGGAUUCCACGCGCUCGGGCAUUACGCGCAGCCCAACAGCCGCCCGCUCUUCGGCCACGUCCUCGUCGUGCGUGCCGCCGCUUCCGGCACCGGCACCGGGUCAGCGCAGCAGCUCCUCGCUCCGCCGCUGGACUACACGCUGGUCUGGUCCAGCGGCGGCCAGGACGACGGCGGCUUCUUCUGGCUCCCUACGCCGCCCGACGGCUACAAGGCCGUCGGCGUCGCGGUCACGGCCACGAAAGACAAGCCGCGGCUGGACGAGGUCACGUGCGUGCGCGCCGACUUCACCGAGGCCUGCGAGGCCGAGGAGCCCGUGUGGAGCAGCGACAAGGACGGCUUCAGCGCCAGCAGUUUAAGACCCACGGCCCGUGGCAUCGACGCCCGGGGCGUGCACACCGGCACGUUCCUGGCACAGAGCAGCGGCAUCACGCCCUCGUUAGCGUGUCUCAAGAACAACAACGCGGCGUACACGUCGUCCAUGCCGCGCCUGGCUCAGGUGCACGCCAUCCUCGCCGCCUACGCGCCGCUGGUGUACCUCCACCCGGACGACCCGUACAUGCCAUCGUCGGUCACAUGGUUCUUCGAGAACGGAGCCUUGCUGUUCAAAAAGGGCAGCGAGACGGCCCCGACACCCGUGGCCGCCGAUGGGUCGAACCUCCCGCAAGGCGGCGGCAACGACGGCGAGUUCUGGCUGGACCUCCCGGGAGACGGUAAUGAGAAGGAGAGGGUGAAGAAGGGCGACCUGGGCAGCGCCAAGGCGUACGUGCAAGCCAAGCCGAUGCUGGGGGGCACGGCGACGGACCUCGCAUUGUGGUUCUUCUACCCGUUCAACGGGCCGGCGCGGGCCAAGGUCGGCCCGCUCAACAUCCCGCUGGGCCGGAUCGGGGAGCACGUCGGCGACUGGGAGCACCUGACGCUGCGCGUGAGCAACUUCUCCGGGGAGCUCCUCCGGGUCUACCUCUCGCAGCACAGCGCGGGGACGUGGGUGGACGCUUCGCUUCUGGAGUACGAAGAUAGCGCUAGCGGCAACGGCAGGAGGAGGCCCGUGGCGUACGCGUCGAGGCACGGGCACGCGUUCUACCCCAAGGAAGGGCUGGUGCUGCAGGGGGACGCGAAGCUCGGGGUCGGGAUACGGAACGACUGCGCCAAGGGGAGCAGGAUGGACACGCGGUGCGAAGUGGUUUCGGGUGAGUAUUUGGGGGUGGUUGAGCCGGCGUGGCUCGGGUUCGAGCGAGGGUGGGGGCCCAAGGAGGAGUACGACAUCGGGCGUGAGAUCAACCGCGUGGCCAGGUUCUUGCCCCGGGCGAUGAAGGAGCGGCUGGGGAAGCUGGUGAACAAGCUGUUCGUCGGGGAAGGGCCGACGGGGCCCAAGAUGAAGGGCAGCUGGAGAAAUGACGAGAGGGAGGCCUGAUAUCGAUGAUGAUGAUGGCUCCAUUCGAUCGCUAAUCAGAGGCCAUGUCCUCACGCAAGGACGAGCUCAAGAGAUUGAGGAUGGGGGACGUGUCAAAGUUAUUAAUCUGCAUAGUUUGUUCUUGGUAGGUGUUCUGUGUACAUCUUCAGUUGAUGUGUUCAUGUGUAUUGUGUAGUAGUUACCCAUGCAUGUACGUGUUUACUUGCAAGGAGACUAAGAAAGUAAGAAUACCAUCACAUCUAUCUAUUUCUGAUUUGAAAAAUUGAAAACGAGCUUGGGUGAAAA